CAAGCUGUUACUUGCUUACACCGCAGUUAUCAAAAAAAAAAGAAAGAAAAGAAGCAACAAUAACACGUGCAAAGUAUGUUAAAAAAUAAAUUAAAGGCACCGAAAACAUCCAACAUGCCAAAAGUAAUUAAUGGCGGGCUUGGAAGAUCUAAGUGGGCUAAAGUUAAAAUUAAAGGUAAUGUUAUGUCUGAAGAAAAUAUAGGAUUGGAAGGGCUAAUAGGUUUGGAAAUACUGAAAGAUUAUGAUUCAACGUUGAUAGAAACGAAACAGACGAAAUUUGUGAAAAAUUAUAAUCGUACGAAAAGCAAAAAACCAGAAAAACCCUUCACUGAAUCAAACGAGCACAUUACGGCUUCUGAUAGCGAAGAUGAAGAAAAUCAAUUUGGACCGCCGAACAAAAAGCAAACAUAUCGCGAGCGAAUUGCUAAGAAAUUGAACAAACGCUUAACCAAAAAGAAACAACGUAAACAGCAACGCAACCAAAAUGCGGAACAUUGUCAACCAGAAGACCGUUUUAAAUUCAUAAGACCUCCGCCAAAUUACAUUGAAGAAAAUGUUGAGCAAAAAGUAACGGAAGCAGAGAAAUGUUCGGACGUAGAUGAUUUUCAUGAUAUCGAUGAUUUGGAGGGAUGGGCUGGUAUGGGUGUGCCUAAUGCCAUAUUGAAAGCUUUAGCCGAGAAAGGCUUUAAAUCACCGACGGAAAUACAACGUUUGACUUUGCCUGCUGCUAUUUUAGGUAAAAAAGAUAUCCUAGGAGCUGCUGAAACUGGUAGCGGUAAAACGUUAGCUUUCGGGAUACCUGUGCUGACCGGUAUAAUGGAAUUGAAAGAAAAAAAUAUUUCAACGGGGAUUAGAAAGCCCUUGCAUAAGAGCGAACAUAAAAAUAAAUUUAGAAAGAAGAAAGUGGACGGAAUGUUCUCAGAAAAUAUUCCUUAUCCGAAUGACAGCGAUCUAAGUGAUAACGAUAGCGCUGAGAUCGAUGAUUCAAAACCUUUGUAUGCUUUAAUAUUAACGCCGACCAGAGAGUUGGCCGUACAAAUUAAAAAUCAUAUAUUGGCAGCUGCUAAGUACACGGAUAUAAAAGUAGCAGCAAUUUUUGGUGGUUUAUCCAUAGAUAAGCAAGAACGUUUAUUGAAUAAAGGUCCCGAGAUAAUAGUGGCUACACCUGGUCGUUUCUGGGAACUAUUUCAACAAGAUCAAAAACACUUGCGUAAACUGGACGAAAUUAGUUUCCUCGUAAUUGACGAAACGGAUCGUAUGGUCGAGAAGGGUCAUUUCGAAGAAUUGAGGAACAUUUUAAAUAUCAUAAAUAAGGAUGAUCAGAAGAAACAAUCCAGACAAAAUUUCGUAUUUUCUGCUACCUUAACUUUAGUUCAUGACUUGCCCGAACAUAUGCAAAGAAGGAAUUUUGGUAAACGGCCACGCUUUAUUAUGCAGACGCCGGAAAUGAAAUUGCAAAGCUUGAUAGACGAACUGGGUAUAUCGCAACCCAAAAUCGUGGAUAUAACACGAAAGCAACAACUUGCUCAAAAUAUAACGGAAUGCCGUUUGAUGUGUCCUAUAGAAUGUAAGGACUACUAUUUGUAUUAUUUCGUGCAACGCCAUCCUGGACGGACUAUUGUGUUUUGUAAUUCCAUAGAUUGUGUCAAACGUUUAACUACGUUGUUUGGUAUUUUGGAUACUCAACCUUUACCAUUGCAUGCUAACAUGGCUCAGAAGCAACGCUUAAAAAAUAUGGAAAAAUUUUGCAAGCAGCCCUGCGGACUCCUAAUAGCCACCGACGUAGCCGCCCGUGGUUUGGAUAUACCUAACGUAGAACAUGUUAUUCAUUACCAAGUACCGCGCACCAGCGAAAAUUAUGUACAUCGUUCAGGUCGUACAGCUAGAGCUAAUAAGAAUGGGAUAACUAUUAUAAUUAUGGAACCAGGAGAAGUGAAAAACUAUACAAAAUUAUGUAAAACAUUGAAGAAAACUGAAAACUUACCACUAUUUCCGAUUUCUGAGCAUUACCUUAAGGCUGUAAAGGAUCGUGUGGAUUUAGCCAGGGAAGUUGAUAAGGAAGAAUUAAAAUUAAAACGUGUCCAAACUGAAAUGGGUUGGAUGAAAAAACACGCUGAAGAAAUGGAUAUAGUCAUCGAUGGUUAUAACGAUGAGUGCGGCAGUGAUCAAGAUGAAGAUGCAUUCAUAAUUGAGCGCAGACGUAAUCGUAUGAAUCUAUUAAAUGCUCGUUCGCAAUUAAAAACGUUAUUAACUAAGAUGAUAUUUCCCAAGAAUUUUAGUUUUAAAUAUCCUACGGCUUCUGGUCAAUUACAAGUGCCUGAAAUUAGUCGACUGACUUUGGAUGCUGAAGAAAACCCAGAACAUAGUGCGAUAAAAGUCAUGCAGGAUACGAUAGAAGAUAUAAAGAGAGCCAAAAUGAUGCGUAACAAAAGGAAGAAGACGUAAAAAAGUAACGCUGCUAAAGAUAGAGGUUUUGUAAAAGUUGUGAAACGGAAUUCCAUUUCGAUUCAGUUUCAAAUUUAACAAAAAUUAGUUCUCGAACUUUCAAACAUAAGAAGAAAUGCGCAAUAAGAAUCUAAUGUUUGAGAGAAGGAGUUCCGCUAGAAAAUCAAACAACAG